AUGGCUUCGCAGGAAGGCUUCAAGGCUCUCCAAGAAAAGGUGCAGUCCGCCUUGGUCUCGACCACCCGAUCGGCCAACCGACUCGCCGCCGAGGACCUCUCCUUCCAGCGGACUGUCAACCCGUCCGUCGCCGACGACCUCGACGACCAAACCACACGCCUGCUCGAGCUUUCGUCCAAGCUUCUCAACUCGGCCGCUGCGGUCUGUGGCCAGGGCAAGUUGCCGCCGUUGGAAGACGCAGAUGACGUGGAUCUGCAAUGGCGCAAGAUUGUCGAUCUUCUCGACACGAUGUUAGAGAGAACGGAUCGUGCCCUUGACGAGUUCACCGGCGUGCUGAAGAGGAAAGAUGCACCUGCCGCGGAUAACACCCAACAGGCGAAGAAGCCCAAGACCACGCUCGCCUAUAGCAUGCGAAAUGCCAACAUGGCCAAGCCCCAGCUUGAAUUUGAGCAGCCAGUCGACAAUAAUACGCAGUGGAAACCCAUUCUUACCAAAAAACCACACGGUACGGUCGGGCUGGACCAGAGUCUUGUGAAGAUUCAGAGCGAUCCAGGCUUCGUUCAGUACAGACACCCGUACGAGACCGAGAUCUUGCAGGCAAAAUACCCUGCACAAGUUUACCAGUCCACCGACCCCGUUCUAUACAAGCCGAUAGAUAGCACCAAGGCCAUAUGGGUAGACAGCUACGAAGGAGUGUUGAACAUGCUAGGGGAACUCAAGAAGGCAAAGGAGAUUGCAAUCGAUCUGGAACAUCAUGAUUACAGGUCGUAUACCGGCCUUCUCUCUCUCAUGCAAAUCAGCACGCGCGACCAGGACUGGAUCGUCGAUACACUGAAGCCGUGGCGCCACCGGCUCGAAGUGCUCAACGAGGUCUUUGCGGACCCGAGCAUUGUGAAGGUAUUCCACGGCGCCCGCAUGGACAUCAUUUGGUUACAGAGAGAUCUGGGUCUUUACAUCAACGGCCUCUUCGACACGUACUUCGCUGCGGAUAUUCUUGGCUAUCCCCAAAGGAGCUUGGCGUAUCUUCUCAAGCGAUUCGUGGACUUUGACGCGGAUAAGAAAUACCAGAUGGCCGACUGGCGUAUCCGGCCACUCCCCGAGGAGAUGUUCUAUUACGCGCGAUCCGACACCCACUACCUGCUCUACAUCUACGACAUGAUCCGAAACGAGGUCAUCAAGGCUUCCGAUCGGAGCAAAUCGGAAACCGACUUCAUAGCGAAAGUGGUGCAGAGAUCCAGAGAGCAGUCUCUCAGCCGGUACGAAGGCGCGAGUUUCGACGCCGAGACAGGCCAAGGUCCCAAGGGCUGGUUCAACAUUCUUCUCAAGAAUCCACUGCCCUUUUCCGGGGCACAAUUUGCCGUCUACAAGGCGCUCUGGAAGUGGAGAGACGAGAGAGCCCGUUCCCUCGACGAGAGCACCGGAUACGUGCUCCCCAAUUCUACCGUCGCGGAUAUUGCUCGGUACAUGCCGCCUGAUGCGAAGGCCCUGCAUAGCUUGAUCCCCAACCACGCCGUAAUCGCCAAACGGGCGGUCAACGAUAUCUGGGCCCUCUUCCAGGAAGCGCGAACCCGGGGUGCCAACGAGCCGUCGUUGCUCGCGUUCUUUCAGGACAGAAGUCUUGAGUCUGUUCCUGAACGGACCUCCCAACGCGAUACGGUGGCAGCACCGGGCUUGGUUGACGAGGCUCAGUGUGGGAGAAUGGAGCGUUCUCAGCUCUACGGAAAUGUGCCACCGAGUACGAUGUGGGAGUCGAAGGCACCGGCUAAGAGAGACGGGGAAUACGUUCUAUUGCCGUGGCAGAGGUUACUCCAAGCCGUAACGGCGAACCGCCUGAUAACGACCACGCCGGUCGACGUGGAGAUGGUCGAUAAAGAUGCCGCAGCCGCAGCCGAAGCCGGUGGUGCGGCACUGAAGUCAUGCCCCAAGACACAGGAGAAAGAAGAAUCUGCGAACGAGGAGUUCACACUAAGAGCCGGGGUCAAGCGUAAGAAGACGGCGGGCGAGGAGGAGGAGGAGGAGCAGGAGGAUGACACGAGUUCCGAAGAAGACUCGGACUCGGACGCCGACGAAGAGGAUGCGGGCGGCAAACUCAACGAAGCGUCCGGGGCAGACGAAGGGGAAGAGGACGAGUCCGACGCAGAGGAGGAGAUUGGACUCGAAGACGAGGAGGCCCAGCGCGCAAGGGAGAAGGCGGAACGCAAGGCCGCCAAGACCAAAAGGAGGGCGGCGAGACGGGCAGAAAAGAAAGCACAGCCGCCGAAUAAGGGGAAGAAGGCGGGGAAGGCUGCGGGGAAGGCUGCACGGGAGGCUGCUGCGGCGGCGGCGGCUAGCCAGGCAGAGGAGAAGCAGGUGCCUUUCGACUAUGGGAAGGCCAGCACAGUCCUGCACGCAAACCGAAAUGGGCAAAGGACGCAAGGCAGGAAGACGUUCGACCCCUAUUCCAAGACGGGCGAAGAGGGUCCCAAGGGCGCGAGGAAGGCCCCGCCGCUGCAUGGUGGGAGGAGCGCUACAUUCAAAAAAUAG